GGGAACAGACCAAGAAAAUCCCAGGGGGGAAAAGAAAAGGAGAAGGAACUAAAAGAUGAACCCGUCAGUAAACCCAAAGGUGCUCUCCUUAUCUCUUGUGCUUUGUGUGAUUACAAAGGUAUGCAGUCAAAUCUGCCGUUCACCUUGCUAUUGCCCUUGGACUGUUCCCCGCUGUGCUCCUGGGGUGUCCCUUGUCCUGGAUGGCUGUGGAUGCUGCCGAGUGUGUGCCAGACAACAAGGCGAGCCCUGCAAUGAGAGGCAUGUGUGUGACCACAGCAAGGGCCUCUACUGCGACUACAGCCGCCAUUACUUGGGGGUUCCAGGUGUCUGUGAAGUUUCAACAGCCCAAGAGAAUUCCAUGUGUGAAAUGGAUGGAAAGCGAUACACAGAGGGGCAAAUCUUCCAGCCCACCUGUCGACUCCAAUGUCAUUGCAUGGAUGGAGGGAUCACAUGCGUCCCACUCUGCACCGAGGAUGUCCGCCUUUCUACUCCAGAGUGUCCGAACCCUCGGCGUGUGCAGGUGCCAGGCAAAUGUUGUCAAGAGUGGAUUUGUGAGAAGCACAGCAACUUUUUACAAAACGCCCUUCCAGCUUUCACGCCAGAUGCCAGCACUUAUGGAGUAUCCCAUUUUGAAGGCCUAUCUCCAUUUACCAACUGCAUUGAGCAUAGCACAGAAUGGAGUGCCUGCUCAAAAAUGUGCGGAAUUGGAGUGUCUACCCGCGUCACUAACAAGAAUCCAGAGUGCAGACUGGAAAAGAAAACCCGGUUGUGUAUAAACCGACCCUGUCGGAACAUGAACAGACGUACAGCACUGGUGAGCUGAGAAACCAUGUGUGGCCGCAGGAUUUUGAAAACAUUGACUUUUGUAUUUUCUUUUAUUGUACACUUAUUUGCAUAUGAUCUGCAAGCACAACUGCAAUUACAUUAAGUUGGGAGGUUUGAAUGAAAUGUAUAUAUGGAACACUGCAUGAGGGAAAAGCUACGUAGCAACAAGCAUAUUUACCAUCAUGCAAUGUGAUCAUCACAGAAUCAUGGGGUUAUGCAAAUGCAAGUUAGUCCAGCAUGCAGAAGAGAGAUGUCAAGGAAAAGAAGUUUUGUUGAUGGACCGGAAGGUGUUCAGUUCUGGUACCCAAGACUGAUCCAGACAGUGAGAUCUUUCAGAGACUGGAUAACGUUAUGGCUUCUUAAAGACUUCCUAGAUAUGUUAUGGUUAAUACACCACGGUGUAAGCAGGCUGCCCCCAGUGUUACAAAGAAACAUAAAUUCAGGGUCGGCCAAAUGCUACAUUAACAUGCUAUGAAAAAUACAAGCCUUCCCGUGGGAAAUUUCAUGUGACCGACCUUCGCUGUGUUCUCCAAAUUUGCUAUUAUCUGACAUAACGCUGAUUUCGUUAAAUCAAAUACAUAAAUAGCAAUCAGGUCAGCUACAAAUGGUGGACACAUUGUGUUUAAGAAGCUAUUUCCACUGAAUUCAUGGUUUUAUUUUUACUGAAACACAAGAGGGAAUCCUUAUUAGAUUUUUGAGAAAAUUGAGUGACAAAUUUACAGUGACAGUGCGGUUCUUCUAAAAGUCACACUGGAUAGGCACAUGAUCACAUAGAGUAGCUAAGAAAGGGUAAGUUUAAGAAUUCCCAGAGCACGUCAGCUCUGCCUUAAUUUCCAUUGUGGGCUGCAUGAUGA